AUGAAGCCACUUUCUGCAUCGACUCUAGUGGAGCCUGCUGGGAUACACGAGCACCAUGAUCUUCCGCAUGGAGAACCACACUACGCCAUGCAAAUAGCCACGUCAGCAGCACUCGCGUGCCUGGGCGCAGAGCAGCGUGAGGAGACGGCUCGAGGGGGGGUGUGCUGGCAGGGGGGCGCGCGAGUGGGCAGCGAGGGCGGUGAGCGCGACGGGGAGGGUGAGCGUGAUGGGGGCGCGCGGGGGGACGAUCGGAUGGAAGGCGUGGCGAUGGGGGGGCGCGGGGAGGGGGAGGGCGCGGAGGAGUGUGGGAGAGCGGUGGCAGGGGCGGCAGGCUAUGGCAGCGUUUCUGCUGAGCGGGGUGAGGGGUCGAGGGGGGCGCGGUUGGAGUUGGCGCACGGCAUGGGCGCGGAGGGGCGAGGGGCGCGGCCAGACCUGCGGAGAGUGCUGUUUGGGGAGCUGCAGCGGCUGCGGAACGGAUGCGAUGAUGUCAGCAGUGAUGGUGGUGGUGGUGGCAUGGGGCCCGCCAGUUCGCUGGAGCAGGAAAUGGAGUUGCAUAAUGCGAUGGCAGGUAGGGGCGAGCACAAAGUGCGGGCGUGGGAGCAUGAAUGGUCCUCGUGUGACCCGAUGCACGGUGGGUGCGACGGGGCACGGGAGAUUGGAGGCGGGGCGAGGGGACGAGGCGAGUGGGACAGCGACGAGGAGGCAGCAGGGCGGUGGGGGGAUGCGGACGGGGUGUUGCAGCUGAGUGCAGAGGAGUACGAGGCGCUGCUGCUGGACAUGCAGAGAGCGCUCUAUGAGGAGGAGGAUGGGCACUUGGAGGCACCAGUGCCGUCAGGUGCUCUCGCUUAUCAGCAGGUGCUCUCGCUUAUCAGCAGGUGCUCUUGCUUAUCAGCAGGUGCUCUCGCUUAUCAGCAGGUGCUCUCGCUUAUCACCAGGUGCUCUCGCUUAUCACCAGGUGCUCUCGCUUAUCACCAGGUGCUCUCGCUCUACACACUGGCCCGCAACCCGGAGGCAAUGGUGAUCUGCCCGCUGUGCAAGGCCCGUCCGCUGCACAUGCACGGCGCCACCAUUGAGUGCUCCUGUGGCCAUUUCUCCCUCCACACACACCACGACCACCACCUCACAGCGCGGCUGCAGGAGGUGCCAUCCACUGCCAGCAAUGACCCCCGCUCCCUCUGCCCACUUCUUGAAGUGGUGACUCUGGAGCGUCUGGCAGCGCGGCUGCAGGAGGUGCCAUUCAUUGCCAGCAAUUACCCCUGCUCCCUCUCCCCACACCCAUGCCCUCAUACCUGCCCACGCCCCGCUGUGCAGGUGACUUUGGAGCAUCUGGCAGCGCGGCUGCAGGAGCCCAUCACUUUCUCCCGGUUCUCCUCGUCUCGCCCCUCUCCCCAGCCCACCUGCCUCUCUCGCCCCUUUCCCAACCCACCUGGUUAUCUCCACUCCAUCAACGUUUCACUUCGUACCAAUGCUGAGUUCUCAAUGCUCUUUUCUUAG